GGGAAAAAAAACCCUUCGGUAACUCGGCACGCAUUCACGGCAUUCGCCAUCUUUGGGAGAGAUUCGUCGAAUCUAUUUUCCAAUUUAUAUUGAUAUUUCUCCUUACCAACCAUAAAUCAAACCGUUGUGAAACACUUGUAAUUCAAGUGAGAUGCGCCAUUGCACGCGAGUGUACUCUCCGGGUGUCUGGCUUGACGAGUACAUUUGGGAAGAAAGAAUGGAGUAUCGCAAACGCAAGGCCCGGGAUUCGCACAGCAGCGAACGAGAAAACAAGUACAGAAGAACUCAUCGACUCCACAAGACUAACGACGGGUUCUACCUAGAGAACCGAAGUUUGAACCACAGUGUGGAUUCCCGGCACAGGCAGACCUGGGAAGGCAGUUUGGAUAUGGCCUGUGCAGAGGACAGCCGUGACUAUACCUUCAAGGACAGAGAUCGCGACUGGCAUCAUUAUAGCAAAUCAUCCGGGCGGAGCGGCCACAGCAGAAGAAGCAGACGAAGCAGACACAGAGACAGGAGGCACAGGCGAAGCCACUCUCGUCACAGGUCCUCCUCGAGGAGGAGCCAUCGCCGCAGGAGCAGGAAAAGAUCCCGGAGUGUUGAGGAUGAUGACGAGGGUCACCUCAUCUAUCACAAUGGAGACAUGCUGAAAGCGAGAUAUGAGAUUGUGUGUACUCUUGGAGAGGGUGCCUUUGGGAAGGUUGUCGAAUGCCUUGAUCACCUAAACAAUGGAGCUCGAGUUGCUCUGAAGAUCAUAAAAAACAUUGAUCGCUACCGCGACGCAGCAAAAUCUGAGGUCGCUGUGCUCGAACAUCUCAAGUCCCUCGACUCUCAGAGCAAAUACGCUUGUGUUCACAUGCUGGACUGGUUCGACUACCACGGCCACAUCUGCAUCGCUUUUGAGCUGCUCGGCCUCAGUACCUAUGAUUUCCUCAAGGAGAACAACUUCAUUCCUUUCCCCAUUGAGCACAUACGGAAAAUGGCCUAUCAGAUCAUUCACGCUGUUAGAUUUCUGCAUAAAAAUAAGUUGACUCACACGGAUCUGAAACCUGAGAACAUUCUCUUUAUCGAUUCAGAAUAUGAUCUGGAUUACAAUCCAACAAAGAAACGAGAUGAACGGACACUGAAACGACCCGAUAUAAAAAUAGUGGACUUUGGAAACGCGACGUAUGAACACGAGCACCACACGUCAGUGGUGUCCACACGCCAUUACCGCGCCCCUGAAGUCAUUUUGGACCUUGGCUGGGAUCAUUCCUGUGACGUCUGGAGCGUGGGCUGCAUCCUCAUCGAAUACUACCUCGGUUCAACCCUUUUCCAGACAUAUGACAGCAAGGAACACCUUGCUAUGAUGGAGAGGGUCCUGGGUCCGAUCCCUUCAAAUCUCCUUCAGAAAACCAGGAAACAGAGGUAUCUCCACCGCGACAAGCUGGACUGGGAUGUUGACAGCUCCGGUGGUCGAUAUGUCAGGAAACACUGCAAACCACUCAGGCGUUACAUGGUGUGCCAAAGCGAGGACCACCAGCAGCUAUUCAACCUCCUGGAGAAAUUAAUGGCAUACGACCCAGCUAAGCGCAUCACGUUGGAUAAGGCGCUCCAACACCCCUUCUUCUCCUACUACCACGAGAGUAGCAAUGCAAGCACUAGCUCCAGCAAAAAGCACUGAGCAUCCCAAGUGUGUCAUCAUGGUGACAUCUUCAACAUGGCGCUCGGUUCUGGCCUCUACGUCCUCACUCUCCAGGAGAGGUGAACGCACAUGACUGUAUCAGUCCUCUGCCUUUCUUCUCUAUGCCCGUCCCUGCCCAAGACUCAAAUUCAUUUUUCGCCAUUUGUCUAUAAUGAAUCCCCAACUAAUGUUUAUUUGCCAUUCAUAAAGUACUGUACAUGCUUUGACAAAGCUGUACAGAUUGUUUUUGUUCAUCAUUGGUCCAUGUUCUUUUUUGCAUUGUACAGUUCCUAGUGGGUAGUAUCAUUGAUUGUCAAUAAACAAAAACGUUAUGAGGCAGAAGAUCUUUGUACUCAACAUAGAAUUGAUUCUGGUAUUUUGGUCUCUUGCAGUAUCAUGUUUUCUCAAUAAAUAUGAAUGUCAAACACUG